UUGAGCAGUACCUUUCAAAAUGUGAACAGACUCAGCGGUUUUAACUAGCAUUACGUGCAUAAAAAUAAUAACUUUUGUUUUUAUUUACAUUCUAAGAACGUAUCGUUAAAAAUGUAACAACUACUCUUUGGUGCGAACGCGUACUUUUUGUCUUCAUGUUCCUUUUUUGAAUGUGUUCGAAUUUUAAUUUGAAAUACAAAUAAAAAUGUGACUUUUUGGUUUGUUGUGAUUUUGACGUUUGUUUUGAGCGGGAAACCAGUGUCAAGUGAAAAAUGUUAUAAUUUAUCAGUAUAAUUAAAUAAUCUCAUGAUUUAUAUCGUCGCGAUAGUUGAGUAAACACCCAAAUUACGUUUGUGUAAAGAGAUUUUUUCAUGAUAUCGUUGUAAAGAGAAGUUUUUCGAUAAGGAAACGGUUGUUCCGCAAUUAAACUGUGAUCUUGAUAGAUUGUUAGUAUCCGUGCAGCUAUCGAAUAAAGUGUUACAUUUUCAAACAAGCUGAACUAAAGUUCUUUGUAACAAAUAGACGUAAAAUAAGUAGUUUUUAGUCAUUUUUUGUCAAUAUUUUGCCGCAAAAAUGUCCGUUUUAAACAUGGGUGCUCGCCUUGAGUUGAUCUUUAGCAAAAUCUUUAGAAGAAUGGAUGGCUACACAAUAAUAGAUGAAAUUGGAGAUCAAGACAACAGUUACAAUAUGGCGUCUAUAAAUUCCAACGACAAAAGUCCGGGUGAUCCCCCGGACAAGAAACUAGCUGAAGUAGAUGCCGAGAAACAGCCGCUUUCAGGAAAGAAAGAAGAACGAUGGUGGAACACGUUGAUGCAGGUAGCUGUACCGUUCUUCAUCGCUGGAUGCGGCACCAUUGGCGCUGGUCUAGUUCUGGGCACCGUUAGGGAUUGGGAUGUAUUCAUCAAUGUAUCGGCUAUCUUUGUGCUCGUACCAUCAUUGUCAGGACUUAAAGGUAAUCUGGACAUGUGCUUAGCAUCCAGACUGUCUACACAAGCGAACUUAGGCAACAUGAAAUCCUCAAGAGAAGUAAUAUCUAUGGUCGUCGGAAACAUAUCACUAGUACAGGUGCAAGCAAUAGUAGCAGCGACGGUUGUCUCAAUAUUCGCGAUAGUCGUGAACACGAUCACCGACCGAGCCAUCAAUGGAUCCUACGUACUACUGCUGGUGGCUUCAGCUGUAUUCACUGCUACUACUACUUGUUUUGUUCUUGAUUUCGUGAUGGUAAUGGUGAUCUACGGCUCGCACAAAUUCAAGGUGAAUCCGGACAACGUGGCGACGCCUCUCGCGGCUUCUAUCGGCGAUAUUGUCAGUAAUACUGUACUCGCUGUUACUGCUCAGUAUAUGUAUGAACAGAUACAGAUAUCCCUCUGGCAACCGAUAGCGCUGAUGUGCGUGUACUACAGCCUGCUGCCGCUGUGGGUGUUCAUCGUGUGGCGCAACAAGUACACCAAGAAGGUGCUCACCAGCGGCUGGACUCCCGUCAUCUCGGCACUCUUCAUCAGCGGCAUCGGAGGUAUCGUCCUGGACAAAGCAGUGGAUCACUACAGAGGCUACGAGGUCUUCCAGCCUAUUGUCAACGGUAUCGGAGGAAACCUGGUCUGUGUCCAGUCUUCACGACUCGCCACACAUUUGCAUCAGACAGCCAUCCCUGGAGAACUGCCGGAGAACACCAGGCUCGUGGAAUGGCCUUGGAAGACUUUGUUCUAUGGAACUGCGGCAGCUAAAGUGGCUCGUAUGCUGUUGAUCCUGGCCCUGUUCGGUCAGAUCAUCUUCAUGGUGGUAGCGGACUUCGUGUACCAAGGGAUGGUGACUCUGCAAGUACCCUUCGGCAUUACGUAUCUAAUGUGCUCUUUGUUGCAAGUCAUGGUACUCCUGUACCUAGCAUACAUGCUGGUCCACCUAAUGUGGAAGAAGAAGAAGGAUCCUGACAACGCAGCCAUUCCUUACCUAACCGCCCUAGGAGACCUACUAGGCUCUGUCUUCCUAGGUCUGACCUUCGUCAUCCUAUCACUCUUCGGCAUGGAGUACGGAAACAACGUCCUAUGAACAGGUAGAACUAACCUGAAGGAAUUAAUUUACAAAGAAAUAUGGAUCUUAAGACAUAAGAGUCUGUUCAAAAGAUUUUGAGUCUUAGUUUUUGAUGUCAAUCAAAUUUUUAAUAGUCUUGUAUUUUUGAACUUAAUGGAAUUUGCGAAUUCGCAAGACUUAGACGUGAACCUUUAAGGAUCAGUACUGAAUUGAGAUGGUGUCUUGAUGUUCCUUUUAGGUCUGCACGUUAGCAUAGCUACCCAAAAUGACAUUAAUAGUAAAACCAAAGGAGUUGGAUUCAUGCAUGGCUUUUCACCAGCUAAAGAUUCCUCCACCAAACAGCUUUUUAGAAGAUUUUUACUUUCUAAUUCAAAUGUAAUUCGGUCAAAGUAAGAUAAAAAGAGACAAUUCGUGUCCUGACAGUAUUGAUAUGUAUUUUAAAAAUUAAUGUCAAUUGGUGUGCCAAUAUUAUCGUGUAUGUGGAUGACAUCGUUGUUUAUGAACUUGACAGUAUUGAAGAUUUUCAAAGAUUUAUCUUUUUUUGAAUUUUAUUUAUCAAUUUGAGAUUCAUGUUUAGAUGGAUGUAUAGUGAGGAAGAUACAAAUUUUUGAAUCUUUGACAUCAGUUUUAUGAGAUGGACAAUAAAAAUAAUGGAGUUGCGAUUGAAGAUUUGAAAUAAUACGAAGUUGUGUUACUAAUUGACUUUCUUUUGUCCGCACAUCGACUACCACUAAAAUCGAUUUUGUUACCAUUUUAAUAUAUUUUUUUAACCAUUGCUGAUUAACGAGAUGUUCCUAAUCGAACCUGCGAUGUAGCACUUUGAAGUGUCAUAUCUAAACAAAAUGGCGGUAGUUCUAGAUAAUUUUAGAUACAUGUAUGAACAUGUAUGUCACCCGAUUGUGAUGCUGUAAUGUCAUCUAUUAGUACUUAUGUGAUAUAGCGAUAUUUUCUACACUUGGUUUUUGAAUGGAUUUUGAAAAUAAAAAU